AUGAAUCCUAAAAUGAAUAAUUUGCAUUACAUGAUUUUAAGUUAGGAAGAAAGAGCUGAACUCUACAAAAAGCACACUUCUCCUUUUAAGUUCAUCAAACCCUAGCCUUACUCUCCUAAUGUGUUAAAAAAUCCUGAUAAAAAAGACAGAAACUCACACGAAUUUUUGUAAAUAUUUUUUGAAAAAGAAAAGGCACUCUUCCCAAAAGCUGACUAUGGCUAAUAACUGUCUCAGCCGUCUUCAAUUAAUUUCAUAGGGAAUAACUUCUUAAGCAAGAGUUUCUUCAGCCAGACUUCAAAUAAUCAAUAUAUUGGGUUUUCAGAUAAAAAGCUUAAAGAUCUUAAUACCAAUAGUGUAAUAGGUGGCUUAAGUUUGAAAAUGAAACUUUCAGAUUUUUCUUCACCUUCCAAAGCAUCUAUGAAAGCUCAAAAUCACGCUUUGUAAAGUAAAAAGGCAUCUAUUCAAAUCUCUCAAGAAAAAUUGCAGAGUCCAAACGAUCAUAAACAUCAAAUUAUCAAUAUUGAGGAAUAGUAAAAGGACUCUGUAGUUAGUUAACUCUAUGAUGAAUCAAAGAUUAGAAUUGUAAAAUUAAACGGAGACAACCUUCUAUCUAGAAACAAGAUCUAAAGCUAUAACAACGUUGGAGGUCCCCCUGUCAAUAAGAAUUUUACUAACUAUAUGGAGAAAAUUAGUUCCCUUGCGAUGAAAAAUUAAACUUAGCAUUCUGAUUUAAGUUAGAGCUAAUUAAUUCAAAGCAGUUAUCUUAAUAAAAUACAUCAUUAGCAUACCUUCACUAUCAAUAGUAUCAAAGAUAAGAAUCAAAGUGAAAUUGGACUUAACUCUAGCUUGCUACCAAGUUUACCUUUCACACAUUAAAAUAGAAUGGGAUCUUUUGACAUCAAUGCGAAUUCUAAAAUAUUUUCUGACAAAAACUAAUACAAUAAUAACUUUACCAAAAGUUUUAAAACUACUUAAAGAGAUGACUAUAAACACAAGAGGAAGGGGAAUAAGACAAACUCACCGCCCGAACUCAAAAUUCAUAAAAUCAAACAUGAAUCUUAUAAUCAAGAUGAGUUCAGAAAGGCGGGUUAAACUUUCAUGCCUCUAAGGCUAUCAGUUGACAGUAACACAUCUCGUAGAAACGAAGACGAAACUUUUAGAUAUUUAGUGAAAGUAUCGAAUCUGGCUGGAAACACUAAUUAUAAAAGUAAUAACAAAACUAAUAUCUCGAUAGGAAAGCAAGAGUUUUACCAGAGAUCUCCUUCACUUACUCACAAGAAAAUUGAAUUAUAGCAGCACGUAAAGCCAAAUCAUAAAAAUGAGGACUUGAAUGAAAGGAGAAAUAGCUCAGUAAUGAAAAUAGAGGCAUCAACUUCCCCAAUCGGCUCUGCUGGUCAUAGCUUUGGAUAGGAUAUCCUUAUUCCAACUGCUGAAAACGGUAGAAGAUAAAUAAUAUAAGUUAAAGCUAGAUAAGUUGGCAGGAGGAAAAUGAAUAACUAUAAUAAUGAAGAUUUGAAGCAGGUAGAUAAUAGAUUGCCUUCUAUAUUGCAACAAUAAAAAUACAGCAAUAUGGGAAAUCAUCAUUUGAAAAGUUCUAAUUCCUUGGAUGAAUGGCAAGAAAGUAACAGAUCUUUCAUGAGCUCCCAUUAAUAAAUUUAUCAUGAUUGA